AUGAAAGUCGGAAAGCCACAGUCGAAACGCGUGUCGGUGCGCCUGCGACACAAGAUCCAGAAGCAUUCAGCCAACAAGCAGCGCAAAGAUCGCAAAGAGGCAAAGAAAAACCCACAGUGGCGCUCCCGACUGAAGAAGGAUCCGGGCAUCCCCAAUUUGUUUCCCUACAAAGAUAAGAUCUUGGCUGAGAUUGAGGACAAUAAGCGCACGAAGGAAGAAGAAAAAGAGCGGAGGCGGCAGGUCGCCAAGGCGCAGAGAGAGGGCGGAGCGGAGGAUACUACACCCGGCGUCGUGAUAGAUGAGGAGUUGGAAGAGUCACGCGACGCUGACGACGACGACGACGACGACGAAAUGGAUGAUAGGGAGGAUGUGAAUCCUAUGGCCGCUCUGGUGGCAUCGGCUUCGCACAGAGCCCAAGCAUACACUAGACAGGACGACGGGGUCGGCGAUGAUGAUCAAGACGAUGCAGAAGAUGAGGUCGAAGUCACAUCAAAGCCUGUAGCCAACACAGCGGAGUCCGCGAAAAAGAAGCUUCCCCAACAAGUCAUCGAUGAUCCUGUGAAGCCCGUGAAUAGGCUUCUCGCACGACUCCAAAAGACGCCAGAUGGGAUACAACAGUUGCUAGAGUUUUAUCAGCUACCCCCACUUGUCACCGCUGGAAGCGAUGUCACAACCAGAUUCUUGGUCGAUGUCGCAAGAAAGCGAGGUCGGCUGAGUCGUGGUGGCGUGCCGAACCUGCACGCCGCGGCCUUGACUGUGCUCAAUGACCUGCAAGAGCAGAGGCUCAAAUUGCCAGCACUACAGCAGUCAAAACCGUCAGCUGCAACAUCCAAGAGCGAAGUACAGGUUGUGAGUCGAUUGGCGGAGCCAUUCAGUAUCGAGGGACUAUUCAGCCAGGGUCCUGCGACUGCCGGGGCGAUGGACUUGGGCGCUUGA